AUGCGGUUCAUUUUGUUAUUCGCGUUAAUAGUUAGAAUAUGUGGUUAUUUUCAAGACGGAGCUUCGUAUGGUGAGUGUCGAAAUUUUUAGGAAUUUUUAAUUAUCUGAUAAAUUUUACAGAAGACAUUUAUUAUGACUAUUUACACACCCAACAAAAUCUCACUGAAUAUCUAUUUGAUGGUUAUGAUCCUACAGUAUCACCAGUUUUUACAAGAGGUUUAUUAUCUGAAAUGAAAUUUUCGUCUAUGAAUAUUUUUUACAGGAAUAUCAGAUACAGUAAUAACAUUCAAGAAUUCAAAUUAUUCAAAUAAAUGGAAUUACACAGUUUUUUUGUACUAUCUGAAACUCAUUGAUAUAGAUGAACCCGCUGAAAAAGUUGAAUUCUGUCUAGAAAUUAUGGAGGUACGUGUAAUUGGAAUUCAAUAAAAAGUUUGUCUUGAUUCAAUCAUUUUUUCAAGGUUUGGUUUGAUGCAAGAUUAACCUGGAAUGCAACAUUAUAUAAUAAUAUUUCCACAGUUUACGUGAGAGAAGAUAAAAUAUGGAGUCCUACGAUGUCUGCAUUUGGAGUGUAUGUUAUUUGAUUUUCCCGAAAUAAUUUCCAUCUUUCGAAUUGAAAAAAAUCGUAGUUCUUUUUAGAAAUGAUGUUCAAGACUUUCGAGAUCAGGAUUUUCGACAGGCUUCAAUUAGUAACAGCGGAGAAGUUUACACAUAUAUGCCAAUUAGAAUAUCAGUUAAUUGUCCUUUGAACAUGAGAAUGUUCCCAUUUGACCAUCAAACUUGUUAUAUUCGUUUGUGCUUGCCAAUGUUUUAUUCAAGAGAAAUUAGUAUUCAUGUUCAGUUUUAUGAUGCUAUUCUACAACCGAGUCAAAUUGCAGCAAUGGUAUUUUGAACCAAAUUUUGAAAAAAUAAAAUACUUUCAAAAUUUUAGGGGAAUUCUGAAUGGCGAGUUAUCAAUUUGACAGGAAAAAUAGAUGUUUUGAAGUAUGAUGAACAAUCGAGUGAUUUGGAAAUUUGUAUAUUUGAAAUUACGAUGAAAAGAAAUCCAAUGUUUUAUUUCUAUAUGAUUAUUUUUCCUUGCUAUAUAAUUAAUGCAGUUUCACUUUUUGCUAUUUUUCUCAAAGACACGGAUAAAAUGUCAAAGGUGAGUAAGACUACUUGAAAAUUAAAAUGCUUGUUUUCAAUUCAGCUCAAUGUAGGGAUAACAACAAUAAUGACACAAACUUUCAUCCUCGGAUUCAUGGCGGAUAGUAUUCCAAAAACCGGGGUUAUUCCAUUACUUGGAAUACAUAUUCUGAUUAAUCUUGGAAUAAUGAUUGUGGCGAUUGCUUUUGUUGCUGUUCGUGGAAAAAUUCAGAAAUUCAAAGAUACAGUUUGUGAGACGAUGGGAACAAAUUACAGGUUGGUAAUUAAAAAUUUCAAAAUUUUGAAACACUUCGAAUAAUUACAGAGCAAAAAUGAUCGAAAAAAUUGGCAAAGUAUUUGAAAUGGUAUUAUUCAUUACACUUCAUUUUGUAAACCUUGUUAAUUUUUUUUCUAUUAUUGUUAUCUGGCUCGCAACAUAAUUUGAAAAAUAUAUUUUUUUACAACGGGUGAUAAUUUAUAAAUUUUGAACGUUGUGAUGGAGUUUUGGAAAAACGCGGUUAAAUUCUACCUUUUCAUGGCUCAACAAAUAACUGUAUUUUACAAAAUAUACUAUUUUGAAUAUACGUCUCCUUCCUCUCACUAAUUCUCUCUUCAUUUUCCACACUCUCUCAUCUACUCUAUUUACUUCUCUAACUCUCUUAUCUUCAUGUUUUUAUUAAUCACCAAAAGAUUUUCUUAUUAUUUGUUUUCCCAUUUUCUUGCUCUUAAGCGCGUAGGUUAGGUUUAGAUUUCAUGCUUAAGUUUCAGCAAAGAGGUUUCACUGAAGAUUUUUUGAUCGUUUGCCACACUCAGCAGAUUUGUGCUGACGGCUGCAACCAAAGAAGUGUCGCAAACUAGCGCAAAAGAUGCGAAUAUUUUGCCUAUAAGUCAUAAACAUUACAAAUCCAAAGAACACUAUGCUGUGACUUCUUUGUAG